GAGUAAAUAAUUGAUUUGUGAAACAUGAAAACUUGCUUAAAAAGUGUCAUUUAAUUUCUUUUGGAAAUGAUCUAAUUUAUAUCGUGAAUUAUUUUACAAAAUCAGAAAAAACUAUUUCCCUCAAAAAUGGUGAUCGUAUUAAUGGUAGCAGAGAAACCAUCUUUGGCUGAAUCAUUGGCAAAAAUUUUAUCUAAUGGUCGUUAUAAGACACGUAAAGGUGGUAAUGGAGCUUGCUCGAUUCACGAAUAUCAUGGACCAUUUCUUGGCUAUAAUGAUGCAUUCUUUAAAUUUACCUCUGUUUGUGGUCAUGUUAUGUCAGUCGAUUUUCCCGGUAAAUACAAUAAUUGGGAUAAAGUAGAGCCAGUUGAGUUGUUUGAUGCACCCAUCAUUAAGAAAGAAGCUAAUCCACAGCUGCAUAUGCCAAAGUUUCUUCAAAGCGAGGCCCGGAAUGCUACUCAUCUUGUUCUUUGGUUGGAUUGUGACAAAGAGGGAGAAAAUAUUUGCUUCGAAGUAAUUCAAGCUGUUGAAACUGUCAUGAGAAUCUCAUUUGGCUCACCUCAGAAUGUUUUCCGAGCCAAGUUCAGUGCUAUCACCGAAAAAGACAUUAAACAUGCGAUGAAGAAUUUAAUUUUUCCUAAUGAAUUGGAAUCAAUAUCAGUAGAUGCUCGACAAGAACUUGAUUUACGUAUUGGCUGUGCUUUCACUCGAUUCCAAACUCAUUUUUUUCAUGGGAAAUAUGGUAAUCUUGAUAGCGCACUCAUUUCUUUUGGCCCAUGUCAAACUCCAACAUUAGGUUUUUGCGUUGAUCGACAUGAUAAGAUUCAAUCAUUUCAGCCUGAACCUUACUGGGUUCUUUUGGUUAAUGUGGGUGUUCCUGGUGGUCCUAACUUUCAACUGGACUGGGAUAAAGGAAGAGAGUUUAAUCAGAAUGUGGCGAAAUCCGUAUUAAAUAAAAUAAAAGCACAAAAGAAAGCUGUUGUCACUAGUAUUUCAAAAAAAGAUAAAACCAAACCUAGAGUGGGAGCCUUGAAUACGGUGGAAAUGCUUCGUGUUGCUAGUUCAGGUCUAGCUAUUGGACCUCAUCAAGCCAUGUCACUCGCUGAAAGAUUAUAUACUCAAGGAUUUAUUAGUUAUCCUAGAACGGAAACUAAUCAAUACCCUGCUAAUUUUGAUCUUGUUGGUUCGCUUAGAACUUUUAGAUCUCAUGAAGAUUACGGAACAGUUGUUAAUCAAAUUCUGGAUAAAGGUGUUGUUAGACCUAAAUCAGGACGUGAUGCAGGGGAUCAUCCACCGAUUACACCAAUGAAGUCAGCAUCUAACAAUACUUUCUCUGACCGAGACUCAUGGCGUCUUUAUGACUACAUAGUAAGACAUUUCAUCGGUAGUCUUGCGGGUGAUUGUAAAUAUGAACAAACAACCAUUAACCUUUCUAUCGGAGACGAAAAAUUUUCUAAGACUGGUUCCAUUGUUUUGGAUCCUGGUUUCACUGAGAUAAUGCCUUGGUUAGCUAUGCCUGCUGAUCAACGACUUCCUCCGACUAUUAAAACUGGAGAUGAAUUUUUCAUUGGAGAGACUAGACUUGACGAGAGAUUAACCAGCCCGCCUGAUUAUCUCAGUGAAUCAGAUUUAAUUUCAUUAAUGGAAAAGCAUGGUAUUGGGACUGAUGCAUCUAUUCCUACUCACAUAAAUAAUAUAUGUGUUCGUAAUUACGUUAAAAUUUCUAGUGGUCGACGUUUAAUUCCUACUAAGUUGGGAAUUGUUCUGAUCCAUGGAUAUCAAAAAAUUGAUAACGAUCUUGUUCUACCGACAAAAAGAGGUGAAAUUGAAAAAAGACUCAAUCAGAUAGCCGCAGGUACCGCUGAUUUCCACCAUGUCCUGCAAAGUACAUUAAGGGAGUUCAGAGAAAAAUUUGACAACUUUGUGAAAAACAUUCAAGCUAUGGAUGAGCUUUUCGAAGUAUCCUUUUCAUCAUUAGCUGAGUCUGGCAAAGCACUAUCUCGAUGUGGUAAAUGUAGACGAUACCUUAAACUCAUCUCUGCUAAACCUGUUCGUUUAUACUGUCCUAACUGCCAAGAAACCCUUUCUUUACCUUUUAAUGGUAGUUUCCGAACAUUCAAAGAACUAAAAUGUCCUCUUGAUGAGUAUGAAUUACUCUAUUUCAAUGGAUUUGGAGGAAAUUCCAAAAGUUUUGUUCUCUGUCCUCAAUGUUAUAACAAUCCUCCAUUCGAAGACAUGAAUAAACUUUCUGGUUGUAAUCAGUGUCCCAAUAAAGAGUGCUUCCAAUCAAUGAUACACUUGGGUAUCGGCAGUUGUCGUUGGUGCUCAUUAGAUGGAACCUUAACUCUGGACCCUGGUUCAGGACACGGAGGAAAGUGGAAAAUUUAUUGUAAUAAAUGUGAUUCUUUUAUGUCUGGACUGAAAGAAGCUGUUAAAGUAACUGUGAAAAGUGAAAAAUGUGCAACUUGUUCGUGUAAAACAAUUCACGUUGAGUACAAAAGAGAGCGCAAUCCCAAUGAAAGUACAGGAUGUGUUUUCUGUUCUCCUGAAAUAUCCUCAGGACUUGUUAGUAUACCUGGUAGACAAGCUAGAGGUAGACCUGGACAGCCAAUGCAACCAGGUAAAGUCCUUGGUAAUCGACAAGUCCAUCAAGAUCAAGACAGAGGAGACGAAAAUCAUCGUCGUGAUCAAGAAGGUUUCCCUGUUAAUAAUGAUCAUUUUACUGAGGGUCGAGGUGAAUACAGAGGUAGAGGUAGAGGUCAUUUUAAUGAAGGACGAGGGGGUCGUGGAGGCCGUGGAGGUCGUGGAGGUCGUGAUGGUCGUGAUGGUCGUGAUGAUCGGGAUGAUCGUGAUGAUCGUGAUGGUGGCUUUUAUGCUGAAGCUGGAAGUAGAGGAGGUCGUGGUGGCGGCGGUGGCCGUGGUGGUCGUGGUGGCCGUGGCGGUCGCGGCGGUCGUGGAAAAGGUAGAGGAAGAGGAGGAAGAGGUGGUCGGGGUGGACGAGACUCAGAUGGUGACUAUAAUCCAACUCCAACAGGGGCUCUCAAACUAUCAGAUUUUCUGUAAACAUUUUCAUGAUUAAUUUAUUUAUAAAAAAAGAUAAAUAAUCGUUUUUUUCUUUAAA